CCUGUUACUAUCUCUAUGUCACCAAUGUAAUGUUUGUAGACCCCUUCAUUACAUAUCCACGCCUUCCAUAGUCCAAGUAACUUAUUUCACGUAUGUGUAUAAAGAUAUUUAGGUUUCGCUGGUCUCGUCAUAAAACUGCAAUGAAAAAGCAUCAGGGGAGGCAGCUAUCACAUCUGCCUCACUGAGGGGGGCGUGUCAGACACGCCUCCCUCAGUGAAGACACGCCCCCCUCAGUGAGGCAGCUAUCACAUCUGCCUCACUUAGGGGGGCGUGUCUUGAGCCCACGUAAUUGACGCUCGCUCUCCCUCCACGUUAGCCAGCUCGAGCAAAAAAAUUCCAGUGGCUGCAAAAAUGGAAAACGUUAUAUUUAACCUUAAAAAAUUCUCAAAAUUGGACUUUCAAUCAAAACAGGGAGUGAUAAAUAAUGGAAGACCAAUGCCUGAGCUUAAGGACCUACUUCAAACGAAGGGACAAAAAAUAACAUGGUCGUUUCAAAGGGAGUGGUACCAACGAAAAGACUGGCUGUGUGGCUGUGCUACGAAGAAUCGCCUUUACUGCUUUCCCUGCCUUCUGUUCUCCACUGCCGACAACGUUUGGACUAACGUGGGAUUUUGUGACUUGAAAAAUCUACCAAGGAGCCUCAACAAACAUGAAAAAUCGACAACUCACAUUCAAAGCCAAAUUGCUUUUAAAACUUUUGGAGCUUCAAGGAUAGAUCUGGCUUGGAAUGAACAGCGGAGAUUAAAUAUUAGCAUCCACAAUGCUAAGGUAAAGGAAAACCGUGAGGUUUUAAAAUACCUUAUUAAUGCGACCUGCUUCCUAGCAAAACAGGAAUUAGCAUUUCGUGGUAACAAUGAGAGUGCAAGCUCUUACAAUCGUGGCAACUACAGUGGUACCUCGGUAUACGUCGUUAAUUCGUUCCAGAAGGUAGGACUUUUACCCAAAAUGACACGAGACAACGGAUGUCACAAAGCCCAGGACGGAGCCUCUGUGAUGGCAUCAGAUGUUAAUGGGGUGCAGGCUAAGAUUAAAGAAAAGGAACCUGAAGCCACGUUUACCCAUUGUUAUGGACACAAAUUGAACCUGGUGCUCUCGCAUUCAGCAAAAUGUAUGCCUGAGUGUAAAAGUUUUUUUAAACAGUUGAGGGACCUGCGACGUUUUUCAAUAAAUCGACCAAGCGCACCCCAGCUACUGGACGAUGUUGUGAAGCGACGUUCACCAAGAGCAGCGCCCACGAGAUGGAGCUCAAAUUCUAGACUAGUUCAGACGAUCAGCAGCUACCAAUCUGAUCUGCGUGCUGUGUUCCGGAUUAUUAGCGAAAAUACCGAUAGUUGGGACAAUGACACCCAGAUGACGGCCGCCGGAUAUGAUCUCUGGCUAGAUGAGAGGAAAAUAAUGUUUCAUAACAUUCUGGACAAUAUCAGUAUUCAAAUUAAAGCUGGGAUUGAUCAUUUCGGUGAGCUAACUUUCCUUGGUUUGGUUGAGUGCACGAAAUUUUAUCAAAUGUCACAACAUUUCGAUGACACCAAACUGCAGAGCCUAUCAAAAUAUGCAAGGUACUUUGACUUUGUUAGACUAAAGGCUGACCUUAUCGGAUUGUAUAGUUCACAAAUUAUGAGGAACGAAUGUAAAUCACCCGGACAGCUCCUCAUCUUUUUGACCCAGAAUGAUCUGAUGCAGACGGUUCCCGAGGCGACAAAGUUACUCCAGCUGGUGCUCACUAUACCAGCUACAACAGCGUCCGUUGAAAGGUCGUUCUCUGCUUUGAAACUACUCAAAACAUAGUCGGAAUCGGACUGACCAAGGACGACUUUCAUCCCUGGCAAUCGUCUCUGUUGAGACGGAGAGACUUUUAAAACUAAAAGAGAAUAGAGGACUUCUACAACAAAGUCACUGACAUAUUUGUCCAGAAGGAUAGGCAAAUGGACUUCAUUUGCAAGUAAAGAUAAGACCAUGCAAUAUAUAUUGUCAUUUGUGUUGAAUGAGUAUGAAUACGUGAAUCGAAUACGUACCUGUAUGCGUGUGUUGUAAAGAAUGCUGAUAUGAAAUAUGAAACAUACGGCCACCUAACCAAGAGUCAUUGUGCAACCUGCCAAUUGAAUUGUGAAUUGAAGCUCCCUCUAUCAGGUUCAUAUGUUUGUAAAUCUGGCUCUGAUACUAGCCAGUGCCUCCCCAACCAUUGACCUCACCGCACGUCACUGGUAGGUUCCUA